AACUCUUGGUGUAGGCAGCAGUAAGGUCGACGGCCCUCCGAGGAGGUAUCUCUCUCUGUUCCCCUCCCUGUAUUCAUUUUUUUUUCAUUCAGGUGGACGCUCUGCAUCUCCACUGUCAGGAUGUCUCCAUCCACAUCCCCCCGGUUCUUCACAGAGAGGGAGGUGGCCCGCCACUGCACCAAGGAGUCCUGCUGGGUGCUGCUGGGGACCAGGGUUUACGACGUGACCGCUUUCUUGCGGAUGCACCCGGGAGGGGAAGCUCUGAUACUUCGCAAGUCGGGUAAGGAUGUGAGCCAGGAGAUGGAGGGACCCCCGCACCGGCACUCAGAGAACGCCCGGCGGUGGAUGGAGCAGUACUACAUCGGGGAUCUGGACAGAGACAGAGACAGAGACAGCGAUGAGGCACAGACUCUGAGAGAGAGGAGGAAGACCAUUGAAGAGACAGCAGGGAAGAUGGCAGAAAAGAUGACAGAGGUGGACUCCCCGUACAACCGCCUCAGCUCUGUGGACCUGGACAAGGAUUUGGUGGACUGGAGGAAACCCCUGGCAUGGCAGGUAGGCCACCUCAGAGAGAAGUAUGACGAAUGGGUUCACCAGCCGGUCGACAGGCCUAUUAGACUGUUUGGAAACCCUUUCCUGGAGGCCAGCACCAAGACUUCCUGGUACUGGGUACCAGUGGUGUGGCUUCCUAUUGUGUUUUAUCUCAGUUGGUAUUGUUACACCUCGCUGGCAAAGGGCACCACCAGCCUACCUCUCACUUCAGACUUCUACAUCCCGAUACAUAAGUACACUUUCCCACUGCUCUUUUUGACGGGCUGGUUCUUGUGGUCAUUCGUCGAGUACUGCAUCCAUCGCUUUGUCUUUCAUAUGAAACCGCCGGCUCAUAACUACUACCUCAUCAUGCUACACUUUCUCCUGCACGGACAGCACCACAAGUCUCCGUUUGAUGGUUCCCGGCUGGUCUUUCCACCCGGGCUGGCCUCCCUGGUGAUAGGAAGUUUCUACAUGAUCCUCAACCGCUUGCUUCCAGAGAUCCUCGGUGUAUCCGUGUUUGUCGGAGGACUGUGUGGCUAUGUUGUAUACGACAUGAUCCAUUAUUACCUUCACUACGGUUCUCCAAAGAGAGGCUCGUACAUGUACAGCUUGAAGGCCUACCACGUCAAACACCACUUUGAGCACCAGAGAGCAGGUUUUGGAAUCACCUCCACUUUCUGGGAUCACCCCUUCAACACAGUCAUCCCUGAUGAGAAAUUCUAACUCAGAACCGGCUCUUCUGCAGGGCCACAGAACUUAUCAACCCCCAUACUUAGCAAGCAGCCCCCAUGCUUAAAACCACCGUAACCACCUACUGUUAAGUCUCUGCAGCCAUAGCUUCCACAUCCAUAGAGGAAGAUGCACUUCUGAAGUCUCCUGGACCUCUGCAACUUAUCUGCCUGCACACGCCCAUCCUGCUUUCUGAUUCCAGCCGGUGUCACAUGCUUUUCUUGUGCUCGAUCAUCUGGAUUUGGAUCAAGCCACAUGGUUUCGUCAGUUUUUAAGGCAUUUUUUAUUACCAAAUUAUUAACCAAAUUACAUUUAUCAGUCCUGCCUUGACCUGUCUAGUCAUCACCCAAUCGCCAGUCAGAACAUCAUAAUGUGCAGCUGGGAGGAGAGAAAGAGAGGGACACACACAUGCAUGCAAAGACACAUGACACAAUAACAAAAUAAUAAGGUUUCAUUUGAAGGAUUAUAUGAAGUCCUUCAUAUGUAUUGAAUACUGUAGAGUUCAUUCAGAAUUAUACUGAAGAAACUCAAAAAAUAGUCAGACUAUUCCUGCGAUUUAAACAUUGUCCGCUAGAAUACGACAUGAUUACACACACACACACACACACACACACACACUCACACACUGUUAGCUUCCCUCAGAGUGUGAGAGAGGAUACAGGAAGUGACAGAUGGUAGGUGAAUGUUGAAGAUGGUGAAGGAGGGGGAAGAAAGAGUGAUAGUACUGUGUGAUAAAGAGACAGAGAUCUCCCAGACUGUUUCAUCUCACCAAGUAAACAAACUCAGGAAAAAAAAAAAAUCUUAAACCUUCCUCCUCACUAUCUGCUGUUCUAAUAUUCUACAUCACAGCUUUCAGGUUUUCACCGUUAUCCUCUAAUCUACUCAGCUACACUGCUGCAUGCUGCGGGUUUAUAACAGUCGACAGAAGUUCCCUCCUCCAUGUUUGGCCUCAAUUCAGUUUUUGGAACAGUUGUGAACAGAAAACAUGCACCGUUUGGUUCCAGAUAUUUGAACAUGCUGAGAUUAAUUUGGCAGUUUAGAUUAAUUAAUUAUCAACCAAGCUGGAGAAGUGAGAUUAUACUAUAGAGUGCUAAUGCAAUGCGCUGUUAAUGUCAUGUAAAGCAGAGUUCUGAAUGUUUGAAACCACUGUGGAGAUAUAUUUUUACAAGUCUGUUGUAAUAAUUCCUCCGUUUUCUUUCUUUUUGUCAUUAAUGAUACAGCAAAGAUGUAAAAAACUAUUUUGUAAGAUGCUUUGUACAGAAGAGGAGAUUCUUUAAUUGCACCAGCUUUACAUUGUCAGCAGACUUUUUCUUUUUGGUUAGAUGACAGUGAACGCAUGGGUGGAUGGAUGUGCUGCAGAUGCAUUUAAAUACAAAGAAAGAUUGAUGGUUGAGUGUUGUCGCAGUGCCAGGGGGACAUAGCUGAAGGCAUGAAGUCAGCCUGUCAGACUUCCUGCUGUGAGGAUCUCGGGGUCAAAGGUCACAGAGUCAGUCAACUGACAACAUUUGUUUGACCGUUUUAUCUAGAAAUGUUUAAUUUCAAGAUAAACUAAGCUCUCAGUACAGACAUUUCAUGGUGAUUUUUAACCGGUUAGUUGUGACACCCAAACUAUAUUUGGGUGUCACGAAAUGACCCUGCAGAUCCCCGCAGGAUGACGUUGAACAAUCUGACUGGACAGCAGGAUGUCUUCAUAGUGUCUGACGGAUCCUCAAGAUGCCUCCUCUAAACACUCGACAACACCGUUGACAACAAAAGCAGAACAAACUUAAUCAAUGCUGCUAGACUUUAUUACUAGCAGCAUUUUUUUUCUAGUUUGAAUAAUGUCUCCCACUCACAUAAUAUAUAUGUACAUACAUUCUUAUAUAUGUAAAAUAACAUGCAGAAUCUGUUUUCAGAGGCUUUUUUGAAUGAGAGAAAAAAUCAGUUAUGCUUGCAUUUGCAUUCAUUGAACGUGUUCACUGCAGCACUAAUAAUGAAGUUUUUCAUGUAAAUCUUUAAUUUGAAAGGGCUCUGACACCAAAACACUGUUUCUUAGAAGAAUCAUGAAUUUGAUAUGAUGACUGUGUAACUCAAAGAGUACAGAAAGAACCAAAAAAUAUAUAUUUUUGACGUUUUUAACAAUGAGGGAGAGAAUGAUGGACAUAAUGAUAAUGGUGAUGAUGAUGAUGAUGAGUGUCAUAAUACUGAUUGUGAUGGCUGCAUGGAAAAGUGAAAUGACUCCACCUGUUGGAAUGAAUUACACACAGAUCUUAUUUAUGUAUAUUUAUAUGAUAAAAAUGAAUACAGCUUGUAAGCUUUGAUUCUGACAAGCGAACUUUUACCUGUGCUAAAUUAUGCAACAUAAAAUAUCUCGUAAAUCUGUUUACUAUAAUAUCUUAUCACUAUUAUUUUGCAAUUUUAAAUAUCUAUGCAAAUGCAAACGUAUUUGUAAAUAAAUACCUGUAUAUUUCUGA